CAUUCAAUAUGGCCGUCUGCAAGAUGCGUUUUCUUCCUUUACAGCAUUGGAGAGACGCCUACGUUGAAACAAUCGGAACGUGGUAAACACGCUCGAAGAACUCCAAGAGUCUAAACUGCAAAUAUCCCAGCCUCGCAAUGGCGGGCAAUGAUGUAGUGCUAGAGGGAUUUAUAUGUCCUAUAUGCAUGACCGAUUUCAAGGCACCUAAUCAGUUGACAAAGCAUUUCGAAGAAGUUCAUAAUGACGAUCCAGAGAUUUUGAGAUCGCUGAAAGAUUUAUUUGGCAAAGCCAAGAAGAAAAUCUUGAAACAGGACGAUAUCCCAGAAACGUUUCCCAGUGCGAUAUCGCAAGACAAGAGACAAAGUCCUGAAAUUAAUUGGGGACCACAAGAAAUAGGUACAAUUACAUGUCACACUAAGUAUUUUAAAGACAUAAGAAAUGCUCGAUUAGAAAGAUAUGCAUAUGAAACAAAUAAACUUCUUAUAAGACUAGAUAAAUUAUUAAAUAAUUUACCAUCGGAUCCUGUUGAUAGAAAAGCUCAUGAACGCACUAUUGUGCCAUGGAUCGAUGAAAAAGAUGUAAAAUUGUGUCCUAAUUGUGCUAAGAGUUUUCAUUUGGCGAGACGAAAACAUCACUGUAGAUUAUGCGGGGCAGUCAUGUGUCAUAAUUGUACUGUAUUUCUGUCCUUGAUUAAUGCACGAAAAAUGACUAGUCCUGUAUCAGUACAAGACGAUUCUGCUUUGUCUCCUACGUCGCAACGAGCAUUUUCUGAGAGAAUAGUACGUGCAGGCAUUAGUACAAAAUUACCACGAUCACCUUCCAACAGUAGUUUGAAUAGUAUUUUAUCGUUGGUAAAUGAUCCAACUAGCGGUGAACAGUACUUUAGAAUUUGUACUCACUGCAUAAAUUUACUUGAAGCAAGGGAAAUGCAAAAGGCGAAGCAGUUUGACAAACCAAUUGUUUGUGAAUUUUACGAGAAAAUGCGGGAGUGCAUGAACGAAGCAUCACAAUAUUUAACAAUGUACAACAAAAUAUGGGAAUCAUUGAAAGAAGGAGAGACUACAUACGAUUUGGAAGAUGCACAAUCAUUACGAGUCAAACUGGCUAAAUUGGGAGAAAAUAUAGAUGCGAUUAGUAAAAGAAUUUUACUCCUUGGCAUAAAAAAAGAUACAGAAAAUCCGCAGGAGACAGUGGGGCAAGAAUUGAGACUAUAUCAGAUGGUUAGGACAUCAGCAAUGAUAUUUCUAAAAGAAGAAUUGUUAACUCUACAGCCCUUGCCGUCGGCAAAAGAAUAUGCAGAUUUACAAGAGGAACGUCAAAAAAGGAUAGAAGCCCGAAUAGCAUAUGAGCGGCAAUUGGAAGAAGAACAGCGAGAAAAGCCAAAAGAACAACGUAAGAAAGAAACGCGAAAUUUAGACACUAGUCCUUUGAAAACUAAUCAGGCACAAGUGACUCAAUCUCAAGGCUGGGGUCCAUCUCAUGUCACACCCAUCAUGUCUUCCUCUAUGGAUCCACUAGUCGAACAAAUGAGGAAUCUACAUGCAUAUAUCAAGCAAGCUCGUAUCGAUUGCAAAUAUGAUGAGAUGGCAACGCUAGAGAACAAUCUUCAAGAACUUAAAAGUGCCUAUUUUGCUAUGAAACAAAAUAGUGAUGGAUAGGCAUUUACAAACUGCACAUUUCUUAUACUUUAGCAUGUAAAAUAUUGAACUCUGCUAUAAUGAAUACAAUAUUUAUUAAUUUGCAAAAAGCUUAAUAUACAAAUUCUCUUGAAUCAAAAUCUAAAAACACGUUAUAUGGCAAAUAUAUAUCGUAAAAUAUAAAAGGAGAUAAUCUACAAUGCA